GUCCCAGUGGUCAGGCAUGGAGGUGCUGGAGCUCCUUCUCAGCAGCUAACUUGGAGCAGCCUGGAUGGAGCGCAGCAGUGUGCUGGAUGGAGAUCCUGUGGACUGACAACAUCGUGCAACUACACUAAAAGUGUGAAACCUCAGCAACCCUGUUUACCAUGGAGUUUGGAAGAGUUUGGUCCAGAUAUCAAAGGACGCUGCUGAUCACCAUGAUGACGUUCAAUCUGGGUCUUCUGAGCACAGCAGCUGACAAGUGUUCAUCAUCUCCCUGCCUUAAUAAUACAUGUAUUGAGCUCCAGGAUGACUAUAUGUGCCUGUGCACAAGUGGACCAGUGUGGUACAUGGGUAAACAAUGUGAAGAGCUGUAUGAUGCCUGUAUCCAGGCACCUUGCACUAACUGUACCAGCUAUCUUGGGAGUGUUAAUUUCACCUGCCACUGCCCAGAUGACUUCACCGGGCUCAACUGCUCUGAGGGUGUGGAUCCAUGUCAGAACAACCCCUGCAAAGGCAUCAAGUCUCACUGUGUCAAUGAAAUAAAUGGCUACUCUUGCCACUGCCCCCCUGGAUUGAUAGGAGAGGACUGCCAUGCUAAUUUGACCACUUGUUCAGAGGAAGUAUGUCAGAACGGUGGCACCUGUAUGAACAUCCCUCACACUGGUUACCGUUGCCAGUGUGCUGCUGGGUACCAGGGGAGGAACUGUGAGGAGAACAUUAAUGAAUGCCAGUCCGAGCCUUGUAAGAAUGGAGCCAUCUGUAAAGACAGAGUUAAUGCCUACCAGUGUUUCUGUGUACCUGGAUUUCAAGGAUUUCACUGUGACUUGGACAUCAAUGAGUGUGCCUCCCAACCCUGUCAAAAUAAUGGCACAUGUGUAGAUGAGAUAGAUCACUACAGGUGUGAAUGUGCUCCAGGAUUCAAAGGGAUUAACUGCAAGGUGGAGAUCGAUGAGUGUGAGGUGCAUCCCUGCCAGAAUGGCGCCACCUGCCGAGACCACAUCGCAGCAUACACGUGUGAGUGUAUGGCUGGCUUCCAGGGCCAGGACUGUGAGGUCAACAUUGAUGAAUGUGCCAGCAUGCCCUGUCUGAAUGAGGGCAAGUGCAUAGAUGGGGUCAACAGCUACAAGUGUCACUGUGAUGGGACAGGCUUUGAAGGCGGCCACUGUGAAGAAGAUAUUCUUGAAUGUGCUUCUGACCCCUGCCUGCAUGGAGCCACGUGUUUGGAGGGGAUCAACCAGUACAAGUGCCAUUGUUGGCCAGGUUAUGUGGGAGAAAACUGCCAGGUAGAUAUAGAUGAGUGUGAGCAGCAUCCCUGUGAGAACGGUGGUGAGUGUUUCCAGCGCUCAGAUAUCCUGAACUAUGGGACGCUGCCUGAACUCAGCAAAGCCAAUUUCAGCUAUGAAGCAGCAGCUGGCUUCAUCUGCCACUGCCAGCCAGGAUUCGCUGGAGACAACUGCUCAGUCAAUGUGGACGAGUGUGAGUCUGCUCCAUGUCAGCAUGGAGGAAGCUGUCAGGAUCUGGUCAACUCUUAUCAAUGUGUGUGUCCAGAUGGAUUCACAGGUAUACACUGUGAGGUGGACAUUAAUGAGUGUGACAGCAAUCCCUGCCAGAAUGGUGCCAUGUGCAAAGAUGCUGCCAACUCAUAUAGUUGUCACUGCCCAUUGCCUGAACCUGGCCAGGAGCCAUGGGGUGGGCGAGACUGUGAUGUCCGUCUGGUCGGCUGUCAACAGCACCAGUGUCAACAUGAAGCAAGUUGCUUCCCUGUGCUGACCGAUGAUGGAGAGCACAGCUACACCUGCCAGUGUCUGCCUGGCUGGACAGGAGUUCACUGCAACACCUCCACCACCUUCUCCUUCAACUCUGAGGGCUACGUCCACAUGCAGCUCCCUGUUUCCAAAAACAGGAAAAAACGAGAGACUAAUGACCAAAAUCAUGGACUCCACAUGCGUCUCAGAUUCAAGAGCACUUUGCCCGACAUGGUGCUGUAUUACCGGGGCACUAUAGGGCGCUUUGUCUCCCUGGAGCUUGUCGGAGGGUCCCUUCAGGCCACGGUGAAGUCAGGGAAGCUACUGCAGGUCAUUUACCCUGGCCCGGCCAAUGAUGGAGAAUGGCACCAGGUAACAGUGACCAUGGAUGAGAGGCUGGUUCUGGUUGUAAAAGGACCUAGCUGUGAGGAAGAGUGCCUGGUGAAGAAUGAGGGUUACAAUCAUCUGAUCUUCCUCCAGCCCAGCUCCUUUGAUCAGCUUUAUGUUGGAGGGGCACCGCAAGAAUAUUUAGCCCAUACAUCCAGCGGAAGGGGGUUUAUUGGAUGCAUGGAAGACCUUCAAGUGGACCAUAAGCUACUUUUGCCUCAGGAUCUCAUCAGAGAGGAGAACCAUGGCUUGGAACUGGGAUGCAGCAAGAUAAACUGGUGUCUGGAUGACCCAUGCACACAACGUGGGCAGUGUGUGGACAUGUGGGUCCGUGCAAGCUGUAUGUGUCAUCGGCCCUACUAUGGAGAAAACUGUGAGAAAGAGUAUCCAUCUUGGACCUUUGGUCAUGAGAACACCACCAGCUAUGCCGCCUUCAACAUCUCGGAAACCCAUGGAGACAACUUCACCAUCUCCUUUUCAAUGCGCUCCCUCAAACACAACGGCCUGCUCCUCCAGCUCAGUCGAGAAGAGAAGUUUUACCUGACAAUCUAUCUGAAGGAGGGCACUGUUGCUAUUUACAGCCCUCACACCACACUGCUCUCUGAGGCCAAAUUUGUCACUGAUGGCAACAAUAAUUUGGUGACCAUAAAGGUACACUAUGGCCACGUGGUCUUUCCCAAAGCAGGGAAUCAUCGUGCCUUAGGGAACGUGAGUGUAGAGGCAGGGGAUGUAGCAUAUGUCGGAGGGCUCCCUGCAGGCAAGAGCAUGAAUGCCUGGGGUGGAAACUUCAAAGGCUGCCUGCAGGACAUUCGGCUGGACCAUAAGCAUCUGACCACUGAGGAUCAUCCAGAGGGGGUAGAAGUCUACCAGGCAAGCACAAAGGAGAAUGUGCUGCUAGGAUGCCACAGUGAUGACACAUGCAAGGGUGAGCCCUGUUUCAAUGGUGGACGGUGUCAAGUCACUUGGAAUGACUUCAAGUGCAACUGUUCAAUAAACUACUCAGGACGGCUGUGCGAGACACGUCUGUGGUGUGUCGACAACCCUUGCACUGAAGGAGUGCGCUGUGUGGACCUCAUCGAUGGUUACGAGUGUUUAACUGAAGCCACAUUUCAAGACAACGCUCUCCAGUAUGUUGCUAACAACUCCCUUCUGAACUCUGUAACCAACAUAACUGUGGACAUACGGACACGAGACACCAAUGGAAUCGUGUUGAAGGCCACCAGCAGAUCCAAGGUCUUCUGUCUUGGUUUGCUCAACUCCUCCCUUCUAGUCAAACUGGACAGCGGGUCGAGUACAGAGCUGCAGGCCUUCACAAGUGAAACAGUGAUUGCAGACGGAGCUUGGCAUCGAAUCCAGCUGAUCAUGGUCGAUCCCACGCAGUUUGUGUCCCGCUGGCGUCUCCUUGUGGAUGGGAAAAGAGUUGGUACUAGUGGCGUUGUCGGCAACCUCAACUUUCUUAAUCACACCAAGAUCUGGCUGGCUGAGAAAUUCACUGGAUGUUUGGGGGAGGUGAGAAUAGGUGGAGUAUACCUGCCGCUCAUAAGUGUGCCAGACGCCCCUCAGAUGAGCCAGUUCUCCAAACUGGGUGGGCACGAGCCAACCAUAGGAUGUCAUGGUGCACCGAUGUGUGUUUCCCAACCCUGCCUCAACAUGGGUGUAUGUCAGGACCAGUUUUAUGAGUUUAACUGCAGCUGCAGUGACGGAUGGGAGGGGAAACUGUGUGAGACGGAGAUAAAUGAGUGUUCUUCAGGGCCCUGUGUCUACGGUACAUGUGAAGACCUGCUGGCAGACUACCAGUGUAAUUGUGAGCCUGGAUACACAGGGAAGGACUGCCAGGAUGAGGUGGAUAACUGUCUGGAGUUUAGCUGUGUGAAUGAGGGAACCUGCAUGAAAACGACGGACACACACACAUGUUUGUGUCGUCCUGGCUACGUCGGCAAGCGCUGUCAGUGGCGUUUCCCUCCAGUAGCGUGUGAUACAAACUCAGACUGUCUUAAUGGAGGUUUUUGUGUAGGAGGAGACUCUGGAGGUAACUGCACCUGCGGGCUGGGAUACACUGGUGCCAGGUGUGAGACAGAGAUAGACGAGUGUUUGUCCAGCCCUUGUCUCAACGGUGCCACCUGUCUGGACAGACUCGACCACUUCCAGUGUGAGUGUGUGCCGGGCUUCAGCGGUACACUGUGUGAGAGCAAAAAAGAGGAGCAUCGCGAGCGAGUCCCCUGGCUGGCGGUGACCAUUCCCCUGACCACCCUGUGUGUGUUACUGGCCAUCCUGGUGGUGUUUUUCCUCAUCUUGACAGCACGGAAGAAGCGUCAGUCAGAGGGCACGUAUAGCCCGAGCUCACAAGAGGUGGCAGGCGCCAGGUUGGAGAUGGGCAGUGUCCUCAAAGUACCGCCAGAGGAGAGGCUGAUCUGAGGCCUCACAUCCUGUGAUGUAUCCAUGUAAAGGGUGGAGAGAACAUAUGCUCUGUAGUGUGGAUCAUAAAUCAAUGACUGAUCCUCCACCUGGGAAAUGUACUGACGCUGAAGCCUGAGAAAAGGACAGGUAAAGACCACAGGCUGAGAGAGACGAUCCACGGAUUAUUUGUUGGGGAGUGUGGUCAAAGGAUGCUCUGACCCUGGAUGUGCCCUUGAAAAGUUGAGUCUUGAGGACUAUCUCAAGAUCACCAGAGGAUCAUGUGUAUUAAAGAAAAGCCCAAAAGCCUGUGGAUAUUAAGGACUGUAUUCACACGGGCUGAGAAUCACUGAAACAGAAAUUCUCUGGCGUCCGCCACACCGUCAUGUGGCAAUGAAUUCAUCAUUUCUGGUUUAAGAAAAACAUUGAAAAUCUUCUGCUGCUGAUUCUGUUUGUAUGACAGUGGAAGGCACAAACAUAGAUUUGAGACAAAAACUGUCAAACUGCAGGUUAAUUUGCAUGAAUAUAGACUGCAAAGAGCCAUUUUCUUGUAGUAUUAUUACAUUACAUAUACACGGCGGUGUCUGUUUAAUUGCAAGAUGUUUUGGAGACAGACACUAAUUUAAAUCCUUUAUCUUGAUGGCAAUUCUAAUCCAGCAUGACUUCAAUUCUUCUGCUGUAAUGGGCUUUACCAGCUGAUUUUUCUCUCCUUUCACAGUAAAUUUGUUUCUGUCUCAACAAAUAGAAGCAGCAGUUGUAAAAUCUGCUGAAGAAGUAAUGUAUUUAUGUUCCAAGCCUCAUGUUCUCCACGGGUGAAUCAGAUGUUUUGAAUUUGUAUGAUACCUCGAGCGCUGGUGAUUUCAGGUACUUAACAUAUAUAAAGUAAUCCUUGUCUCCUUAGUGAAGAGCAUUAAGUUGAAGGCAGUAUUCUUCCAUUGUGUGUCUGCAGUCUUUAAUGAAAAUGAACAUGCAAAUGCUUCAUAUAAUGGAGCAUGAAUUGAGAACCCCCAAGUAAAUGUGUGGAUAAACACUGCAGCCCCUGCAGGAGUCAAAAACUGUUGCGUUAAUAACUGCUGUAUUAUAUUGUCAGUGUGCACUGUGUGGAUGAACAAGCUAACUGCUCUGCCCAAUCUUUGUUACUAUGUUAAGACACUGUGAGUGUUUUAUGUAUUUGUGUUUUAUAUAAUGGAAAGGUUUAAGUCACUGUAUUUUCUUUUUUGUAAUAUUUUCAAGGGGAUCUGUGUUUUGAAUUGUACGGAUGUUAUUGCUGUGGUCUGAGGUGGACUCAUCAGUAUUUAGUGUCACAACUUUAACUUCGCAGAGAAUGUCUAUUUGAAUUGUAGCUAAUUUAUAGGAAUAAUUCCACAGUUAAGAAAUCAAUUCAUUCACAUUAAUACCAAGAGUUAGAUGAGAAGAUGAACAGUCAGAGCUGGAAAAGGUAGGCUAGCAGUUUCCCCCUGCUUUUAGUCUUUGUGCUAAGCUAGGCUAACAACAUCCUGACCCAUCAGCACUGACACAAGACUGACACCUAUCUUCUCCUGUCACUCUCAGCAAAAUAAGUGUAUUUUCACAAAUGUUGAACUACUGACAAAAAUAUCACAUCAUAUUUUCCAUACAUAAUGCUCCUGACAAACUUACAUUCUAGCCUCGGGGGUGAUGUUUGAUACAUACUGAUCAGACUGCUAUAGACCCUCAAACUAACACUAAGUUAAAGGUCUAGUGUGUAACAGUGUAAACUCUCCUGAGAAUAAGAAUGUAAUUGUAAUGUUUGUUACCUUAGAAUGAGAGACCUUAGAAUAUCUACAGCGGGGUCAGAGUGGGUCCUCAUCUACGGGGUCUGCCAUUUUGAACAACUUUGUUUCUACAUCAGCUCAGAAGGGACAAACUAAACACUGGGUCUACGUAAGACUUUCAUGUUUUUUACGUUUAAGUGUCAUGGCCACUGUAGUUUUUUCUUAACGCUGCAACCAAGAGGGAGAGGUGAAGGGUCUUCAAUUGGUUGCAAUCUGAAAUGUCACCACUAGAUGCCACUAAUUUCUACACACUGGACCUUUAAGAAUUCUUUAACCGAGUAUUAACCUGUCAAACUGUAUUGCCACUGCACUCACAUUUCUACUCCAGGAACGCCCUUUCCCUUUUGCCUUUCACUCUGUACUCACCAGUGCUGCUAAGUUCAUGAAACCACUUACACAGGAUGCUUUUACAGACGACUAAAGGUGCUGAUGUAACUCAAGACUUACACAUGGUACCAGUUUCAUGUUGAAUGCAACAGAACAGUUUGUGAAAGGGAAGUGACACGCAUGUCAGAGCUGAAUGUGAAUCAGAAAACACUGGUCAUUACUAUUGAAUGUAUUGCGGUAUUAAAUGUCACUUUUAAGGAGUAAUCAGUGAGCAUGUUUUAGGUGGGGUUGGUACUUAUGGCAAAUUACUUUCCAACAAUGUUUGCCACUUUUGCUCUUUCAUCAUGAAAAAGCAAGUUCCAACACCUUUGGGGUGGGAACUGGAGCACUGACCCAACUCAGUCUUCCAUGUCUGAAUGGAAGCUAAUCCCUGCAGCCAGGUUCCAAUGUCUGCCAGAGAGCAUGAAACCAGAAGAGUGGAGGCUGUUGUAGCAGCACAAUAAUGCUUUCGAAACAAACAGCAUAUGCAGCAGUUAGAUAUUGGUGUGAUGUUCAGCUGUCCAUGAAGAGUAAAUGUCAUAUUUCCCUCAUCUUUCUGGGGUCAACCCCCCCCUUAAGAACUUAUAUCAGAAGGGCUCCAGCACCGGACAAUGAUGAGAUGUCAGUAUGUGCCUUCAUGUUCUCUUGAUCCAUGAAACACAACAACCCUGUGGUCUGCUUUCAUGUUCACAUAGAUUAAAGCCUUUGUGUAGACUAGUAACAGAAACCUUGUUGUUAAAAGCAGUGUGGUAUUGUGCAGGAAAACAGUGUUAUACAGUGAUGUGACUUAACAACCGAACAUACACAGGACAGAUAAGUACCCCAGCUAUGUACAGAAUGGUAGUGAUUUUACACUGGAGUUGUUUUUACUAAAGCUGUACCGUGUACAGCACACUGUAGAUCAUACACAAGGAGUUCUAUUCCAAAAUACAUUUUCACUUUUGGGCAAAAUUCACACAAUCCACUCAUAUAUGAACAUGUCUAAAAGUGAAUACCUUGUUUUGGAACAGAACUCUUCGUUUGUAGUCGGGACACUUGUCUAUACAAGGGGGAUUUUAUUUUAUAUAUGAAGUGAGAUGAUUACUUUCCAAGUGGAUAGUAACGCUGUAAUUUUGUGUAUAUAGUGGUGUAUGAAUGGCACUUCAUUUGGAAUCAAAGUUGGUGGUUAUAAAGUGUGUCUGAAACAGUGUUAAAGAAGAAAUAAAACACAAAGGAAAUGACCUGGAUGGAUGUUUCAUUGAGUAAAAAAGUCAAUUUCGUUUUUGUUCCCAACAGGAUAAAAAUGAUAUGUAAACACUUAAACAAGGUACAAUAUUUUUUAAAAAGGACUGAUGUGUCAAAUGUCAGUGCUCAGCUCAGAUGUUCAUGCAUCUCCAGGGUGACAAGUAUUCACCAGAGAAGAUAAGACUGUGAGAAAACAGGAGACUGAAUGCAUCCAGAGUGACAAUGUUUUAGCUGCAUUUCAUACUGAGGGGUGUUAUUUAAUUUGCAAAUAGCACACUGAUACACUUUAUAUUGCUUCGGCAAUAACUGUUUUCUGAAGAACAAACAAGAACAUUUCAAUCUGCCUUGAAGAAAAAAAAAGAAUUGAACUGUUCCCCCUCCACAUUCCCCCUCAUUUAAAAAAAAAAAAAAACAUCUUCUCUUUGCACCGUUCACCCUGACCACCCCUGCCCCCUCCAUUCUCUCUUUGAAGCUGUAAUGGUGCAUUCCUUUGUGUCUCUGAGUGACUCCCACCCAGGCUGGCUGCCGGCUUGGUCAGUGCUUCUCCUCCCUAAUGAUGGAAAGUGAAGCAGCUCAAGCGUCCUCCUCCUCC